CCAUACGUCUAAAACCCUAAGUCCUCGGACAAAAUCACAGGCACCAAAAAUAACCCUAAAUCCCUAAUUCGUGAUAGUUGAAGUUUUCGACAAAAUUAUGCUCGAGCUUGUCCCCUCCCAGGGAAAAAUCCGCCAGUGUAAGAAGAGUCUCGGCCUAUGAAUCUGUGCCCCGGCGUCCCUCGCACGACCCGACUCCAUAACUGAUUCCUGCUCUAUCUAUCCAUCGCUACCUCUAUCUCCUCCCUUCCGGGGUUUGUAUUUCUGUUUCGUUUCUUCUUCGGUGCAGGUCGACGUAAGCCGGGUCGGGGGUGCUAGAGGCCGAUUGAGAUCGUUUUCGCGUGGGAGGAAGUUAAUCCUUUGCAAUGGCCGAGGAAGUGCAAGAUGGAGUGCGCACUCCGGAUUCGAAAGACCAACAGCAGCAGAGCAAAGCGUUGGACUCGCUUACUGACCAUGUCGAAGAACGGCAGCUUGAUUCCACCAGAGUCCAACAGGCCAUGGAAUCUAUCAACGCAAGGGCUGAAGCUGAUCGUCACGCCCAGAGACUGAAAGAGAAAGAGCUUGCAGCUGUGAAGAUCAGUCAAGAAGAUGUAGACAUCAUGGUGGAGGAACUGGAGCUGGACAGGAAAGUGGCGGAAAGGAGACUGAGAGAACACAAGGGUGAUGCGAUCGCGGCAAUCCGUUCAUUCCUCAACGACUAGCUGUACAACAGUGCGUGCGACAACAUCGUACACAUAUCAGUGUCCAGAAGUUGGCAGGCAACCUGAUCGAUGAUCAACAAGACUCACAUUGAGACUUUGACCUGGAGAGAAUUCGUUUAAGCUGCUUAGAGCUUGAGGUUUUCGAACAUUUUUUGUCGUCUGCCGCCGUGUCGCGGAACAUGAGAUCGCUCCAAGAUGAAAGGUCUGACUUGCUGAAGAAUAUAUACUGGUCACAUGUCACGAUUGCGUCGUGGAGGACACAGUUUUGACCAUCGUUUGAAUGUGGAAGGAUUCCAACCUUUCACAAAUGGCAUUCCGGUUAGUGAUGUAGUCAUUGUUUUAAGCUGCAAAUGUUUUAAUUCGCAGUGAAAGCACGAAGUCAGAGAACUAUCAAUUUGCAGUCGCUAUUGAUCUGGGUAUGAGCAUUCGUUAUAUUUAUUUUUCUCUCUGUAAUCGAUCUGUUGUAGUGCAGGCUAGGGGUACAUUGACGUAUCCUGUGCCAAACUUGUCCAAGUAGCUAGUAGGGGAGUUGAACUUGAGGUUUUUGUCAGGAUCAAAUUAGAAGAUUUCAAUCAAUAAAACAAUUGAGAUAUCCUUCAGACUUCGAACGGCUGCUUACGCCGUGCUGAUUGUGCUCUGACUUCCAGAGCAACGUUUUGGCGAAUAACUUGGUGCAAUAACAAACUCAAUAACAAACUCAUCUUUCC